CCCGUGGACCUGACGCAAUCCGUCCCCAUUGCCAAAGGCUCCCAUCCUGGCAUGCGAUAGCUGUCCAUUUCAUCAGCGAGUUAAUGCAAGCUUGUCGGCGCAUUUCUACACAGGGCGGCAUAAUCAACCAACACCACCACUACCACCACGCACUUCAACUCACUUUACUUUUUCAUCCUAUCACCUUGACUCGUGAUCCAAGAGCUUCCCUACGUAUCCGUGCUUGUCUUUUGUUGAGGACUCGACUUGGAUAUCUUCCAAAUUAACCACAAAUUGCUUUCUGCUAAUUAAUAAGUGCGACUCGAAGCUGAAAGCCGGCCGGACCUAGGAUCUUUACGGGUAUUAGACAGCUAAACCAAUUCCGCCCUUGGCACAACUAUAUCAUCAAUCUGACGUACAUUUCCUAAAAGACUCCCUCGACCACACACCAUCCACGUCGCCGCAACCUUGUGCUCGCCCAACGCCAAUGGUGUCCUGUUCCGUCAUUGCGACCUCUCGUUCAUGACGGCGACCCUGAGCGGCCCGCGCAGCGAGCGACAAAGGACACCAGGCUGAGCAGCGCCAUUGCGGCCUACUCUGGCGUCCGCUAUGUGGCGAGACCGCACGAAUCUCUACAUUUCCUAUCGGCAGUCGUACGCGCACCAUCCGACAAAACGGACAAAGUACAGCGGUAGCGCGGCCGGUGGGAAUGGCUUCGGCGAUAGCUUCCCGGGGAACACCAGCUAUGCCAGCGGCAACGACGACACGCGCGGUCUUCUCUCGGCCGGCGCCUUCGAAGAUGAUGGCGACGCCGUCAUAGAGAUGGACCUCUUGCCCCCACGCUGGGCCGACAUAUCCGACGAGAUCACCGACCUCCUCGCCGAUAUAGCUACCAGGAGCCAGGCCCUCGAGCGCCUGCACCAGAAACACGUACUGCCGGGGUUCAACGAUGAGGAUGCGAAAAAGGCCGAGGAGCGGGAGAUUGAGAGGCUCACGCAACAGAUCACAAAGGGGUUCCAUGACUGUCAUGGUUGCAUUCAACGAGUUGAGCAGAUGGUGAGGGACUCGAAGCAUUCCGGGACGAUUACCAGCGCGGAGGAGACCAUGGCGAAGAAUAUCCAGAUAUCCCUGGCUUCGCGGGUGCAGGAAGCCAGCGCGCUGUUCAGGAAGAAGCAGAGCGCAUACUUGAAAAAACUACGCGGGAUGAGCGGUCUCGGUGCGGGCGGCGUAGGCGUGCCAGGCGAAAGGGGAUCGACACCUCAACCCUCCAACUCGUACCUCGAUCCGUCCAUGGUCGAGUCGGACGCCGACAGGUCCUUCUCACAGUCGACGCUCCAAGCAACGCAGCAAAAGCUCCUGCAGUCCAACGACGCGGCCAUCAUCCAGCGCGAGCGCGAAAUCGAGGACAUUGCGCAGGGCAUUAUCGAGCUCGCCGACAUAUUCCGCGACCUGCAGAACAUGGUCAUUGACCAGGGCACCAUGUUGGAUAGGAUAGACUACAACGUGGAACGGAUGACCACCGACGUAAAGGGAGCCGAGAAGGAGCUCGUCAUCGCCGACACGUACCAAAAGAAGACGACGAAGCGCAAGAUCAUCCUGCUUCUCCUCCUCAUCAUCGCGGGUAUGAUCAUCCUGUUGGUCAUCAAACCCAAGAAACGCGGAGGCGGUGACGACGAGUGAAGGAAUCCAAUCGGGUACUUCAAUGAAGAGACGAAGAAGUUGGUGUAAGCUAAAUGUACGAAUUUUCUUAUUUUAGAACAAAUGUCUAGCGAUUAUGGAAUCCAUCAUCGACCUGCAAUGAUAAUCAAGAUCAUCCAGCGUCGCUGUGUCUUGGGAAUGAGUGUUAUUUGUUACAUGGUGUUACAAGAGGCGAACUGCUCUCGCGGCGGCAGUCAUUGUCCUCUCUUUUGCUUCCCCCGUGCCUCCAUCAUGAGGUCUUGUAAUUCUGCAACGUCUGGCAAAAGCCUACGUCCGGCCGCCUUGUUGAAAAGCUCCCGAAUACGGUUCAACGGGGGCAAUCCCGCAUGCACCCUGGGCGCGCCGUUGGGUUGGGCUAGGUACGCCCGAGCCAGGCACUUGACGACCUCCUCCUGGACAACAGACGUUCGGAACGGAAUGCCUCGAUCACUCAGUACCGCGAGCAAUCGCACGCCCCGAGCGAGGGAGAACCCACCGCCUGGAGCCUCCGUAUCCGCGGGGAAAUCCCCCGCAGGGUCGAGGCAUCGCAACCCGCCGGCCUUGAAUCCCCAGCGGACAAUGGCGGCGUGUAGAGCGGGGUUAUCAAAGAUUCGGCGCAUCGGGUGCUGCUCAUGGGAUAUGGGCAAGUCUGUCGGGACAAAAACGUCUCUGGCCGAGCUCUCUACGCCCAGCGGCGGUGCAUCCAGUGGAUGGACUGGAAGCAGUCCGGCACUGGAGAUACAAAGAUGCCGGUGCGUGUCCAAUAUGCCAAGGCUGAUGUCCUCCAACACGUCGAAGCGACCGAAUUUGCCAAGUCCGAAGAGUACCUUCUGCCAGUAGCGCGAAUGUAGAGGUUUUUGCAACAGCGUCAGGCGUGUAAGGAAGGCGAUGGCCGUGGAAAACGCCUCCUGGUUGAGUGUGGUCGUUUUUGGGUUCCACGGCAAGGGAUCGAGAAGACUCGCGCAGAUGUGCUGUAUCGUUGAUGCGUGGACCCCGAUAUCCAUCGUUCGCAUUUCAUCCAGCAAAGCCAACCCUUGUUUGAACCUCCCUUCGUCGACGAGAUGGUGCAACAAGAUAUUCGACGUAGAGUCGACCGAGUCUUCCACCAUUGCGGGCUGGACGGACAGCAAGAGCCGGUGUGUCUUCCAGUCUCCCUCAUCAAAGGCCUUGUCACGGAUGCUGGCAAGCAUCGCGGGGUCGUCGAAGACGUCUGGGUGUAUGUCGGUACGCAGCAGUUCCGCGAGUAGCUCGUCCUCAUUAUUCUCGGCGAAUCGUUUCAGCACCCACGCGUAAGCUGAAUGCCCAAUGCCAAUAUUGACUGCCCGUAGCUGUUCGAUCCGGGCCAAGACCCCUUUGGCUGUCGGUUCACGCAAGGCAAUCGAUUGGAGUGAUAGAGGGCCGAUGUGGUGCACCCCGAGGGCAUGAACAGCAUGAAUCGCAAAGUCAAGAGGCACCCAAGAGCUUGCAAACCAUCGCGCUCCAAGUUUGUCACUAUGCUGUCUUCCCGGAGGCCCACUCUCAUCGCCAUGUGUGUCAUGAAUGACAUUCCAUAAUGAGUCGUCCUGGGCGUCCCAGUAGGCCUUGGAGUUCAAGCCAAUGACGACCUGUUCCUCUAGUUCGAGGGUGAUGGUUGGGUAGUAACGGGCGAGAAACCUCAAAUACGGCUGUGACUCGAUAUUCGGUGGGGGUAGAUCAUCGUGAUGUAUAAACGCCUGACGCCAUCCGGCGCAUUGUUGAGAAAGGCCGCUUUCGUAGAGGAGGGGGAUGAUCUCAUUGUAUAACCCGCGGUGUAUGGCUGUCAGAUACAGAGAUUGUAAUAUCUGUUGCAUGUCGGGGUCGCUGGUAGCCGCGAAUUCUCGUAACAAGGCAGAGAAGGCUUCCUGUCCGGGGUCAAAGUUUGGCAUCAGCCGCAUGUGCCACUGCAGUGCUCGCCGGUACUGGCCCUUCCGGAGACAGUACGAGACUGUGGUCAGGUAUAACGACGGCCAUCGGGCAGAGUUAGCAUCAAGGAGACGCUCUGCGAAUAAUACAACGUCCUUGAGUCUGUCCUCGUCGUGGAGGACGUUUUCCAGAAUGAUGCUCCAUAACGAUUUUGCUUCUUCGCUCGUCACGUCCCUCCAUGACUUGCGUCGUUUCACAGCCUCCCAAACAGCAAGGACACCGCCUCUCCCCUGUUUUUGCUUUGCGGCAACAAGCACGCUGAGCCAGAGUGAAGGGUCGUCCUCGUUCUCCGGUAUUCCGCCGAGUUCAACAUAGGAUUUAUCGGAAAGCCAGAUGCCUCCUUCUGGAUCGAUGCUGGUGCCGGAAUCGGGUUCUCGUUGUAUGAGACGACCUCGAAUGGUUCGAGGUUGAAGAAGGGCUGUUCUCGAUCCAAAAGGCAGACUAUCUGAAGGUUUCGGCGGACUGUCCGUGUUGGUGGUCGUGCUGCUCAAGUCGCGGGCAUUGACGACUGGGUGCAGUGAAGUUGGGCUACAUCUUGGAAGAGUAGAUGCGCGCGGGUCAAGGUUGGGAGCGCGUAACGAGUGUUUCGAGGUAACGAAGCUUCUGCGUGAAUUUUUCGGUAACGCUGGGACUGUUUGUCGAAUUGCGCCGAGUCCUUGAUGUGAUUGCCGCCGGCCGAGGCAUGCUGCUCUAUUCAAGUGACAGAGGCAUUGCGAGGCCAAUUGCAUUGCCCCGCGUGAAGAACCAGCAAAGCACAAUUGCGUCGAGACGGGGCAUUAAGCAUAGCAGCUGGCACAUUGAACGAAAGCUAAGGUUCGGUGGCGGGCUGCAUCGCGAGGCUGAAUUUGCAGGAGG